CCCGGCGGGAGGGGGGGGGGAGUAAGAUGGCGGCGAGGCUGUCCAGUGGCGAGAACCGUCUGGUAUCGCUGCCCCUGUCCCGGAUCCGUGUGAUCAUGAAGAGCUCGCCGGAGGUCUCCAGCAUCAACCAGGACGCGCUCUUCCUCACCGCCAAAGCCACGGAGCUUUUUGUUCAGUAUUUGGCCACAUACUCCUACAAACAUGGCAAAGGCAACGAGAAGAAUGCGCUAACGUACAGCGACCUGUCUCAUACUGCAGAAGAAUGUGAGACCUUUCAGUUCCUUGCAGAUAUCUUGCCAAAGAAGAUCCUAGCUAGCAAAUACCUAAAAAUGCUUGAAAAAGAGAAGAGAGAUGGAGAGGUGGGGGAAGAUGAAGAAGAGGAUGAGGAGGAAGAGGAUGAAGAUGAAACUGUGGAUGAAGAUGCUGGAUCUUAAGAUCGGUGGCAAACUGCUUUAUAGUUGAUUCAUUUUCUUUUGUAUAAAGGGUGUUAUUUUUGUGACUGAGAAUCCAGAUGCUGGAUAUGUUUUAUAUUCUGAGCCAUUUGCUUUUGCUUUGUUCAAGAAGUUAAGGUAUUGAACUUCAUACUUGUUGAAGAGUGAAAUUGUUCCCUCAGAAACACGGGGAAAGAAGAGUAAAUCUGGCAGCAGAACUUGCUCAGAUCAUUUAAAAUUACUCCUUCAGACAAUCAUUAUCCAAAUUUACAAUUUCUUACAGGCAGCUUUCAGUCCAAAAGCUCUUUUGCCUUCUGACUUAGGGGAGAGUCCUUCCCCAGUUUGUCUUUAUUCUCAGAGUGGCAGAUGAUUUGAGGGGACUGUGCUUUACACAGGGCCUGCUUUCCACAGCCCUCUCCUCCUUGGGAAGCCAGUAAGUGAUCAAACCCUCCCUCAGUCUUCUGGAGCAGUGCCAGGGCAUUAGCAAAGGACCAAGCCCAUUAAAAAAAAAAAGUCUUCUGUAAAAGCAGAGGCUUCUGCAAUGCAGCCUCAAUAGCCACAUCAGCAGAGGGACAGGGCAGAGGAUGAGGUCCAUUCCAAGAGUCUGUGUGGUUCUGUGGCUGUGGGAAGAAGUAAAUGUGUGAGAUAAUGGUGUAAAUAUGUACAUCUAGAAAGUUUUUCCUCAAUGAACUCUUUCUCUGCUGUUUGUUCUACAUGCACACUGAAGCCUGUUAAAUGUGGAUCAUGGAGAACAAGCAGCCUUUCUACCAUUUGAGUGACAGAGCUGGGAUUUUUAAUUCAGUUUUGGAUUAUUUUUUUAACUACAGAAAUGGCAACCGUCCUGUGUAGAACUUUGUAUGCAAGUUUUUAAAAUAAAUGUUU